CUCUCUCAGAGUAUCCCCAGGUGUCAUUCUUUUCUUUUUUCUCUCAUUUUUCUUUUCCUUCAUGAUGUUAUGUUUCUUCUAUACUAUCUUAAAUUGUCAGCAACGGAGAGUACUACUACUACGCGGACUAGAACCUGAAAGGCAUGGGCUGCGUUCAGGCCAAGGCUCCAGAGAGCUCAGAAUCUAGAGGCUUAGGCAAGUUUAAACAAGAAAAUGGCUACGUCGGAAGAGGUGGAUUUGCGGAUCAUCGACGAUCAACGGGUCAAAGGGACAUGCAUAGGGGCUCUGGAAAGGAGUACAAUAGGGCCGAGUCCAGGAAGCAACAUGUUUCUUAUGGUAAUAAAAAUGGGGGUGUAGGAGAUGUUGGAGGAGAAGGGAAGUUAAUUGGUAGAGAAAGAGACGGAGAUGGUGGUGGUAAUGGUGGAAGUAUGUCACAGAGAAUAUCGUGGUUGAAGCCAAUCGAAGAGAUUGAGUUGGUGGAUGGAUGGCCAAAAUGGCUCACUGAUAAUAUUCCAAGACAGGUUCUGACUGGUUUUGUUCCAAGGAGUGCCGACUCCUAUGUUAUGCUUACUAAGGUGGGACAGGGAACUUACAGCAAUGUGUAUAAAGCUCGAGAUAGAGACACCAACAAGAUUGUUGCUCUAAAGAAAGUCCGUUUUGACACGUCUGAACCUGAGAGUGUUAAAUUCAUGGCGCGAGAGAUAAUGAUAUUGCAGCAGCUCGAUCACCCCAACAUAAUAAAACUAGAAGGAUUGGCUACUUCAAGACUGCUAUACAGUCUGUAUCUGGUUUUCGAUUUCAUGCAGACGGAUUUGGCAACAAUCAUCUCUCGUCCUGAAGGAAAGCUUACUGAAGCGCAGGUCAAAUGCUAUAUGCAUCAACUGCUCUCAGGGCUGCAGCACUGCCACGAUAAGGGAAUUUUGCAUCGAGACAUAAAGGGAGCAAAUUUAUUGAUAGAUAAAAAUGGGAUGCUAAAGAUUGCAGAUUUUGGGCUUGCAAAUUAUUACACUCGAAAUCGUCGUCUUACAAACCGAGUUGUGACACUUUGGUACAGAGCCCCUGAGCUGUUAUUAGGAGCUACUGAUUAUGGUGUUGGUAUUGAUCUUUGGAGUGCUGGAUGCCUCUUUGCAGAAAUGUUUUCUGGGAGCCCAAUAAUGCCGGCUAGAACAGAGGUUGAGCAACUUCACCGGAUUUUCAAGCUAUGUGGCACACCUUCAGAUGAGUAUUGGAAAAAGUUGAAACUAUCUUCGAAAUUCAGAAUUCCACAGUUCAGACCUAGUCUUACAGAGACUUUCAGCGAGUUCCCUGCAUCUUCUUUGGGUCUGUUGAACACUCUUCUUGCUCUGGACCCAGCAUAUAGGGGCUGUGCAUCCUUGGCUCUCCAAAAUGAAUUCUUUUACACAAGUCCAUUGGCAUGCGCCCUUUCAGAUCUGCCUGUAAUCCACAGCAAAGAUGAUGAACUGAAGGAAGCCAAUGAAGAGAGAAAGUACAGGAAUUCUCGAAUGAAACAUCAGUCCAGGACAGUUCGUGAGCGCAGGAGAAAAGAUCUAGCCAAUGACAAGCCUAAGGAAGAUAAAGAAUAUCCUCCGAAGGAGCAGGAGAAGAUUGCAGAGCCAGAUGUACAGUUCCAAGAGCCGGAUAGCACUACCAGCAGUGCUUCCUCUGGUGUAAAGCCAGCAAGCCGUACAGAGAGCCCAACUUUAACUACAAGUAGUACCUCGUCUGGUGUAAAGCUCUCCAGCCAAACAGCGAGCCCAUAUUUCUCGCUCUCCCCAGAUGUUUCUUUCAAUCCAAGAAUGUUACUGAAUACACAUCAUGAGGUUCAUCCCAAUUCUAGCAAGAACACCAGGAACCUGCCUCCACUGCCCACCUCUGCAGUGAAAGACAAUGACAUGUUCAGGUUUAAGCGUGUCCAUAGGUCUGCAUCCACAAGAGAUUUCAGAAAAACAGGUCUAGGAAAUCAUUUUGAUCAUGUCUAUGCAAUUGAUGAUUAGGUCACUUGAGUGACUAUAAAUAGUUCAGACAAGUAUUUUUUCUUAAGUUAUUACAGACUAUCUGUGAGUUUCAUAACCAUUUUUGUUUUCUUCUUUCUGGGCCAAAACGAAUAAACAUAUGUUGUUAGUCAGAAGAUAUUAUGCUACAAGUGGUCACCUGUUUUUGGUGAUAUUGUAGAUUCAGACGUGACAAUGUUCUGCUUUUUUGUUUAAUAUGACAUGCACAAGAUCAAUGACCUUCCCUUACCACCUGGCUAAAAAAUAUCAAUUACCAUCCUGCUUAAACUAGUGCCUUGCUUAGAAAGUAAAAAAAAAA